AUGGCCUGCGGUGCUCAGGUGCGAACUUACCCUCUGAUGACGCGAUUUCCAGCGGAUCCGGAUGGUUCGGGAUGGGAGGCGGAUGCCGGCUCCGGAAUGGACGUGCCGCUCUACGAUGAGUUCUUCGCGCCCAUGCAGAUCUUCGAUUUCACUCAGUCGGCCAAUCUGACCGAUGAGAAAAUCUGCGAGUGCGAAAAUGAGACGCAGUGCGUACCGGAUGAUGGGAAUAUCAUCAGGCUGGAUGAGAUGAUAACGCUCGUAUUCUGCGGCGACGUGCGUGACCUGUUCAGGCGCCCGUGCCGUGGUGCUCGCAACCUAAUCCGUGUGAUCGGCCAGAUCCACGCAUCCGGCGAAGCGCUUCUCUCCGUCACCGAGACGCUGCUUUUCUGCAAAUGUGAACGAGGCUAUCAGCGGAUACGCGUCGAAGCGUGGCGCAAUGAUUUGUUCGCGUUCGUCUAUCAGUGCUCAUCAUAG